UGGGUGCUGGCUUUCGAGAUCUUCAUACCCCUGGUGCUCUUCUUCAUCCUCCUGGGGCUGCGGCAGAAGAAGCCGACCAUCCCUGUGAAGGAAGCUUUCUACACGGCAGCCCCGCUCACCUCUGCUGGGAUCCUGCCCGUCAUGCAGUCCCUGUGCCCCGACGGCCAGCGUGAUGAGUUUGGCUUCCUGCAGUACUCCAACUCCACGGUGACGCAGCUCCUGGAGCACCUCAGCGAGGCCGUGGAGCAGAGCAGCCUCUUUGACCCGCAGCACCCAGGGUUGGAGGAGGAGCUGGAAUCGCUUCGCCGGCACAUGGAGGCCCUCAGCAGCCCCGAGACCAGCUCCAUGGAGACUCACUUCAGUAGCCGAGCAGGGUCUGGCUUCACACUGGCAUGGGCAGCCAAGGACCAGGGCGAACUACAGCGCUUCCUCAUGCAGAACCUGUCCCUCCCCAACAGCACGGCCGAGUUGCUCCUGGGCUCCAGCAUCGACCUGCGGGAGGUGUACCGCUUGUUUUUCGGUUCCUUUCCUUUGGUACCUGAUGAGACCCAUGAGCAAGACCUGUGGGAUGGGUUUGACCCCAGCGAGAAGAUGACAUGGCUGGAGGCCCUGGGCCUUGCCAGUGCCGCUGUGGCACCUGCUGCCUCCGACAGCCCCCAGGCCUUCAUCACCGAGAUGGAGGGUGUCCUCUUCACGGGGCCAGUGCUGGAGCAGCUGACCCAUGCUGCCCGCCGGGAACGCUUCGCCCAGCUGGCCACCGAGCUCCGGGAGCAGCUGGACACCCCCAAGAUCAUCAGCAGGCUGAAGCUGGAUGAGGUGAACAGCACGGCCGCCCAGCACCGCCUCCGCACCCUCCUUGAGGACCUGGUGGAGAUGGAGAAGGUUCUCCGCGAUGUGGACAUCCUCUCAGCGCUGGCCAAGCUACUGCCCAGGGGAGCCUGUGCCAGCAAGGCCCCUCCACCCACUGCGAACAGCACCAGCUGGGCCAGUGCCAAUGCCACGGCUGGGAACACCACAGCAGAGGAGGAGGAGAGUGCUGAGGGGAGCACUGCCGGCAGCGACAACCCCCAAGGGCAGUUCUCAGCAUUCGUGCAGCUCUGGGCUGGGCUGCAGCCCAUCCUCUGUGGCAACAACCGGACCAUCGAGCCUGAGGCGCUGAAGCAGGGCAACAUGAGCUCACUGGGCUUCACCAGCAAGGAGCAGCGGAACCUGGGCCUCCUUGUCCAUCUGAUGACCAGCAACCCCAAAAUCCUGUAUGCACCUGUGGGCACUGAAGUGGACAAGGUCAUCCUGAAGGCCAAUGAGACCUUUGCCUUUGUGGGCAAUGUCACCCACUAUGCCAAGGCGUGGCUGAACAUCUCCCCUGAGAUCAGAGCCUACCUAGAGGAGGGCAGGCUGCAGAGGCGCAUCCGCUGGCUUCAGCAGUUUACUGCUGACCUCCACAAGCACCCAGAGGUCCUGAAUGUCUCUGACAGUGAUGUUCUCCACAACUUCCUCAAUGGCAACUUCUCCCUGCCGAAUGCCAGUGUCCUGCUCCAGCAGCUGGACACCAUCGACAAUGCUGCCUGUGGCUGGGUUCGCUUCAUGGCCAAGGUCAGCGUGGACAUCUUCAAAGGCUUCCCCGAUGAGGAGAGCAUUGUCAACUACACACUGAACCAGGCCUACCAGGACAACGUCACUGUCUUUGCCAGCGUCAUCUUCCAGACCAACAGGGAUGGCUCACUGCCCGCCCACGUCAUGUACAAGAUCCGGCAGAACUCCAGUUUCACGGAGAAGACCAAUGAGAUCCGUCGGGCGUACUGGCGGCCUGGCCCCAACACUGGCGGCCGCUUCUACUUCCUGUACGGCUUCGUCUGGAUCCAAGACAUGAUGGAGCGUGCCCUGAUCAACACAUUUGUUGGCCAUGAUGUGGUGGAGCCUGGCAACUAUGUGCAGAUGUUCCCAUACCCAUGUUAUACCCGGGACGACUUCCUCUUUGUCAUCGAGCACAUGAUGCCCCUGUGCAUGGUGAUCUCCUGGGUCUACUCAGUGGCCAUGAUGAUCCAGCACAUCGUGACAGAGAAGGAGCAUCGCCUGAAAGAG